AUGACCAGCUUCAGCGUAGGGGACCAGGCUGGCAACUACUUUCAGACCGAUGCAUCUUUGGCGGAACAUGAUCGGAAACGCCAGAAGGCAGCAAACACACAGGGGGAUCCGGUCAAGUUCCCCACCAAACUGCUAGCUGUCGGUGUCAACUAUUACUUUGACGCCAGUGGAGAUGUUGUCUUUGUGGCCGAGGCAGGGGGCUCAGUCACGGGCCUGCGGUUAUCAACAAACGAGGUUUCCACGACGUCCAGAGGCGCCCAGGCACCCCUAACGAGUCUUGCUUUUUCCACAGUGCAGCCGAACACCGGACCUACCACAAUCACCCAUAUCGUCUUUGCCGGAUGUUGGGACAAGUCCAUAUGGAGACAUUCAUUCCAGGGAUCUACGAUGUUCGAUCAAGGCUCAUUUCCUGCUCACCGAGACUUUGUGAAGUGCCUUUUAGUUGCCCGAACUCCCGACAAACAAGACAUCUUGAUUUCUGGUGGAGCUGACGGAGACGUACGCUUCUGGAGUCUAGAUGGACAACCACUUGGCUCCGUCAAACCCAACGCCCGAGGUAUCGAAUGUCUUGUCUUAGACCCUCUUUCCUCACCUGAUGCUCCUACUGUGAUGUUUUCGACAUCCAAGCAGGAGAUCUUUUCCUUUUCUCUCCCCACACUACCAAACCUCGCUGCGCAGAAACUGCAGUUGUCAUCCCCUAUCAUGGCGCAUGCAACGAGUGUGUACAAGCUGCACUUCGACGAAGACGGAGAUCUAUGGACUUCCUCAGCUGACAAAACAGCCAAACACCUCUUGAGGGACGAGGGAUGGAGGGUUGAGACCACACUGACGCACCCCGACUUUGUGCGAGACGUUGUAACGCACGAUAAAUAUGGCUGGGUGGUAACAGCCUGCAGAGACGAGAAUGUUCGUGUGUGGAACAGGGCAACCGGAGCCCUGCACCACGUUUUCACCGGGCACUACGAAGAGGUGACAGGAUUGUCUCUGGUACAGGAUCUGGUCAUUAGUGUCAGCAUUGACGCAACACUUCGAAGAUGGAGUCUGACUCCAGCGGAUCUGAACAAGGCGGUGGAGGAGGCCAAGAACCCCCGGCUUCUCGAACAGGAACCUGAACCCAAUGCGGAUCUAGGGAUGUUGACGGAGGAGGAAGAAGCAGAACUCCGCGCACUGAUGGAGUCAGAAGAGGAACAAACACUGGAGAAGAUGGCCAUGGACGAGCAAUAA